AUGCCCAUUACUAUCAGACAUGCAACAAUUGAUGACAUUUUAGCGAUGCAGAAUGCCAACUUGCACAAUUUACCAGAAAAUUACAUGUUGAAAUACUACAUGUACCAUAUUCUGUCAUGGCCAGAGGCAUCCUUUGUCGCCACAACUACUGAUGAUGUUGAUGAUAUCAUGGAUCAACUUACCGGCGAGGAAGAAGAAGAUGGUAAAAUCUUAUCGUUGCCUACAGAGACAAAACUCGAUCCAUCCUAUAUUGCACAUACCGGCGAGAAAUUGGUUGGAUAUGUAUUAGCGAAGAUGAAUGACGACCCAGACUCUAAGGAAACGGAACCAAAUGGACAUAUUACAUCUCUCAGUGUGAUGAGAACCUACAGAAGAAUGGGUCUUGCUGAAAAGUUGAUGAGACAGGCAUUAUUUGCUCUCUGUGAAGUGCACAAGGCGAAGUUCGUCUCACUUCACGUCAGACAAUCGAACAGGGCUGCGCUACAUUUAUACAGAGAUACGCUAGCGUUCCAAGUACUAAGUGUGGAGUCGAGUUACUACCAGGACGGAGAAGAUGCGUAUGCGAUGGAGAAAAGAUUGGAAUUGGAGCAACUUCUGCCAAGUUCUUUUCAAAACGCUCAAGAAGAAGACAAUCUUGAAUCUGACCUCUUUGAAGACAUCGUCAAGCAAGGAGUGGAAGAAAUAUCUGUAUAA